CAACAGAACGCAUCGCUUCCCUCUUUAAACCGUAAAGUUACAGCUUUUGCUCUAUUAUCUUGUGCAGAUAAACUGCUCUCGCUCUUGCUUUUGCUCUCUCUAUCUCUCUCUCUCUCAGAGACACGAUGCCUCACUCAUUCCCAUUCCUCUCUACGGAGCAGAAGAAGGAGCUCAGUGAUAUUGCUCAGAAGAUCGUUGCUCCCGGCAAGGGAAUCCUUGCUGCCGAUGAGUCUACUGGCAGCGUCGCCAAGCGUUUCCAAAGCAUCAACGCUGAGAACACUGAGGAGAACCGCCGUCUUUACCGCCAGCUCCUCUUCACGGCCGACCGCGUAGAGCCAUGCAUCGGUGGAGUCAUCUUCUUCCAUGAGACCCUGUACCAGAAAACAGACGACGGCAAGCUGUUCCCCCAGCUCAUCAAGGAGAGGGACAUGGUGGUGGGCAUCAAGGUGGACAAAGGUGUUGUCCCCCUGGCCGGGACCAACGGAGAGACCACCACUCAGGGUCUGGAUGGGCUGUACGAGCGGUGCGCCCAGUACAAAAAGGACGGAGCUGACUUUGCUAAGUGGCGUUGUGUGCUGAAGAUCACUGACACCACCCCCUCAGAGCUGGCCAUCAAGGAGAACGCCAACGUCCUGGCCCGCUACGCCAGCAUCUGCCAGAUGCAUGGCAUCGUGCCCAUUGUGGAGCCUGAGAUCCUGCCAGACGGAGACCAUGACCUGAAGCGCUGCCAGUAUGUCACAGAGAAGGUUCUGGCUGCAGUGUAUAAGGCUCUGUCUGACCACCACGUGUACCUGGAGGGCACCCUGCUGAAGCCCAAUAUGGUCACCCCUGGACACUCCUGCUCCCAAAAGUAUAGCAACCAGGAGAUAGCCAUGGCAACUGUCACCGCCCUGCGCCGUACCGUGCCCCCAGCUGUGCCUGGCAUCACCUUCCUGUCUGGAGGCCAGUCUGAGGAGGAAGCCUCCAUCAACCUGAAUGCCAUGAACCAGUGUCCCCUUCACCGGCCCUGGGCCAUCACGUUCUCCUACGGCCGCGCCUUGCAGGCCUCCGCCCUCAAGGCCUGGGGAGGCAAGCCAGAGAAUGGCAAGGCCUGCCAGGAGGAGUUCAUCAAGAGAGCCCUGAACAACAGCAAGGCCUGUCAGGGCAAGUAUGUUUCCUCUGGAGACAAGGGUGCUGCCGGCGGAGAAUCCCUCUAUGUGGCCAACCAUGCCUAUUAAGUAUGGACCCACCCCUUUCAAUAUCAAACCACACCCACAUUUCCCCACACUAUCCACUCAGCUGUUUUUUGCUUUCGGCCUGUGAUGUCACUGUUACGUUAUUGUCUAGUGCAGGAAAGUUAAGUGUGUUUCGUCAGUUAUUUUAACAUUUUAGCACUCAAACCCCUCCUCCGCCGAGAGAAAAGUCUGUGAUCCUUUGCCCCUAGUCACUCCCCGUUCGCUGCUGAGCUUGAGAGCUCCAGCUCUUUGUCCCCAACCCCCCUCUGCUUACAAUAUCCUCCCCCGUGACUAUCCCUCGUGAUUCAGUGUUGUCAUCUUGAUGAUUCCUAAGUACAUGUGCCUUCUUCUCUUGACUGAAAAAAACACUGGAGGAAGACCUUGUAGAGUAUAUUAUUAAUGUAUGAUAUUCUAUACACUGGAAAUAGAAAAUAAAGAAUCAUAUUCACUAAAUGCACUUUUGUGCUAUCCUGUUUUGGGUUUGGGCAGACUGCCUGCUCUAAAGAGACUGCUAGGUGGGGGUGUAACUACCAUUAUCAGUGACAGCAGGGUCAGAAAAUGCUUGGGGAUUCACAGCAUGUCAUGCUGUAGCCAUAAAAACAUGAAAAAGGACGAUACACAUUCAUCUAAGGAGUAAGUAAGGAGUACAGUAUUGUAGAUGCCAACCGACCGGCAAUGAAUAACACAUUUGAACAGUCACAAUAUCAAUCUCUGACAGCAGUUAAAACAACAGACUCACACACAGGUUGACUAAGUAAUUAUUUCAGUAUGAAUAGUCACAGUCAAGAAUCAACGAGUAGAUCACUCACAAUCAAUACCAAUAUGCGGCCUUAAAAGGACGUCAAUGCAUUAUUUAAAGGGGUAGUUCACCUAAAACACAAAAUGACAUAUUGGUUUCCUUACCCUGUAUUCAGUCUAUGGACACGGUAUGACAGCGAUCAUGCUUUGGUUUUGUUUACCUGGCCACUGUUUCCACAUUUCUGGCACAAAUUCAAUCCAAGUCAAUAGUCCUGAUAUUAUUCAUCAGUAACUUCUUUGAGCUACACAAGGUAAACAAAAACAAAGCAUGGCUUGCUGUAAUACCUUGUCCAUAGCCUGCGUACUAUCCCUUUAAACAAAAGUCACAAGUCAGAGAUUUUGGUUCAUCUGAGAUAAAGAAGAAUAUAAAAAGAGGGAUGGACUACUGUCUCAUAAACAGUCAGGAUGACCUAGGCCUCAGCAGAAGCCUGGUAUCGGAGUUAAUAAUCUCCUGGAUGAAAACCACAUAGCGGGACACCCGGGUGUAGACUCCAGGCAUGCCUUCUCUACCGCAGCCUUUCCCGAAACUCGUGAUUCCCACCUGGACAAACUGACCAGUAGAGAGACAUACCAACGGCCCACCGUUGUGUCACAGGUGUCCUUUCCACCCUCCCAGAACCCAGCACACAUGUCGAAGGUGAGAACAGGAUAUGCUUCCAGGCAAGCACACUACUUAAUGAGUUAAUGAGGGGCACUCUCAGCUGCUGCAGGAUCUUACAGGCAGACAACAGUCCUGGAGAACAUGAGAGAGUGACAGAGAGAGAGCAAGAAAGGAGGACAGAGGGUAAACAUUGGGUUAAAAUAUAAAGUAAGGGAUCUAGAAUUUAAAAAAAUAAAGAAGGAAAGUGGGAGGAGAACACGAAUAGGGGGAUGAAGAAAAGCUAAAAGAACCUGGGCAUAACAUCUACUGGUUAUCCAGUAGAUUAGUAAGAAUGCCUCACCCCUUGCCUUUUUUCCUUUAUCCAGAUUACAACCUUUCACUUUCGGUUAAUUGCAAAUGGAACCAUUUUCAUUUGAGGAACAAAAUGUUGACAGCGGUGCCAUACAGGUUAUAAAAUAGUAUUUUCGAUGUGCCGAUUCCAUGGCACAUGGUUUAUGAACUGAUACCCAAAACAAUGCUUGAUUCAAACUUGGUGUUUCAAUUUAAAGAUUAUACAAAAUUGCCACCAACAGAAUGUUACAGUGCCUUGCAAAGUAUUCGUCGCUUUUGGCGUUUUUCCUAUUUUGUUGCAUUACAACUUGUAAUUUAAAUGGAUUUUUAUUUGGAUUUCAUGUAAUGGACAUACAAAAAAUAGUCUAAAUUGGUGAAGUGAAAUGAAAAAAAUAACUUGUUACAAAAAUGUAAAAAAAAAUAAUGUAACGGAAAAGUGGUGUGUGCAUAUGUAUUCACCCCCUUUGCUAUGAAGCCCCUAAAUAAGAUCUGGUGCAACCAAUUACCUUCAGAAGUCACAUAAUUAGUUAAAUAAAGUCCACCUGUGUGCAA